CUGUCAUGAUCCCAUGACGGCUCUCUUUAAUGGCCCAAACAAAGUCCAGAAAUGGUGGCGGUUCAAGUUGAGAAGGAGCCGGUAAGGAAGAGCGAAUCAAAGCUAGCCCCAUUUGAACAAGUCAUGAGCGGAUGUCCUUACUUUCAGAAGAGGCAUUUGUUGUUUAAAAACCAGCCUCCAAAGCCCGAGGAAGAAGAAGAUGCCUCUCAGGUUGGCAUCAACAGGGCUAGUAAAGGCGGCAUCAUCUAUGGAGAGUACCUCCAGCUGGACAAAAUUUUGACGGCUCAGGUGCUGCAGAGUGAACUGAAGGGUAAUAAGAUCCACGACGAGCACCUCUUCAUCGUCACUCAUCAAGCCUAUGAGCUGUGGUUCAAACAGAUCUUGUUUGAACUGGAUUCAGUCCGUGAGAUCUUCGCGAGUGGACAUGUUCGAGAUGAACGCAACAUGCUCAAGGUCAACACUCGCAUCCACAGAAUCGUUAUGAUCUUCAGGCUGCUGGUGGACCAGUUUUCCGUAUUGGAAACCAUGACAGCCUUGGACUUUUUUGACUUUAGGGAAUAUUUGUCUCCGGCCUCUGGCUUCCAAAGCCUUCAGUUCCGGCUCGUGGAGAACAAAAUCGGGGUUCCGGACAACCUGAGGGUGCCGUACAACAGGCAGCACUAUCGGGAUAUCUUCAAGGGUGAAGACGGUGAGAAGCUGCUCGCCACGGAAAAAGAGGCGACGCUCUUAAAACUCGUGGAGGAGUGGCUGGAGAGAACUCCUGGCCUGGAAAUUGAUGGCUUCAACUUCUGGGGAAGGCUGGAGACCAAUAUAUUCGACAGGCUGAAUAAGGAGGAAGUGAAGAUCGAGAAAAUGUCCGACUGUGAGGACAAAGAGGAGAUGAUGGUGGAGCUGCUCGGACGGAAGGAGCUCUUUCGUUCCUUGUUUGACGUCAAGCGUCACGAGCACCUUCUCAGCAAAGGCGAGAGGCGACUGUCUCACAAAGCUCUGCAAGGUGCCCUCAUGAUCUACUUCUACAGGGAGGAGCCAAGGUUCCAGGUUCCGUUCCAGCUGCUCACCUCCCUCAUGGACAUGGACACGCUCAUGACCAAAUGGAGAUACAACCACGUAUGCAUGGUGCACCGCAUGAUUGGCAGCAAGGCCGGCACUGGAGGGUCGUCUGGCUACCACUACCUGAGGUCCACAGUCAGCGAUCGCUACAAGGUCUUCGUGGACCUCUUCAACCUGGCCACCUACCUGGUGCCUCGCCACUGGGUGCCCAAGCUCAACCCCAGCGUGCACACCUUCUUGUACACGGCCGAGUGCUGCGACAGCUCCUACUGCAGCAGCGAGGACUCCGACUAGCACCCUCGGGACAACCCGCCGUCCUCGCCGCGGCUCCGCCACGCUAAAGUCCCUCAACGUGCACCCAAUACGACGUGUAAAUACCAUUAUUACGAACCACAAUAAUAAUGAUGGCGUCUAAAACCGUUUGCACGGCAUGGAAUUAAAAAAAAAAGUGUACAUAAUGUUGAUAAUGUCCACGCAUCGGCCACAGCAUUACAAGAUUAUAUUUUUUUAUAUGUUACAAAAACAUAAUUGGACAUGCAGGUUUACCUAAUGUUGUGGCCGGUGACUGUAAGUGCUGUAUAGGUGUUUUUAACGCAAUGUACAUAUUUACCCGGCAAUCUCUGCAAUCCUUCAUUCAUAACCUUUUUCUUAUUUAAAUAUACAUAUUUGUUGUACAUACGUGUUGUUGUUUGUGUGCAUUGUUAAUG